AAUCAAAUAUUUGAAAAUAUUUUCCAUUUCCAAAAAUAUUUUCACCUGAAAAGAAAAUAUUUUACAUGUAGCAUAACACAGCUCUAGUGCUAAAGCAAAAUAACCGGCGGUUACAGCUCACAGGCUUCCCACUCUGCCACAUGUCGCAGUGUCUUUGAAACCUUACCUCCAAAACGACACGAAACACUCUCAUCAACGAACACCUGUUCUUAACGUUCCCAACCGCCACAAUUCUCUCUCUCUCUCUCUCUCUCUUUCACCAACAUGAAGUGUGUUUCCGAAAUUCAUUUUCCACUAUCUGUAACCAAAGCUGAAAAUGGAGAAGAAAUCAUUGCUGGGAGUACACAAGAGAAAGCCCAUUAAGCGCGUCAAGAAAAACUUGCUCAAGAAAGUGGCAGACUAUCUCAUUUCCGAUUCUUACCUCUUUGCUCCUCUCAUCUCUCCCCAACCCAACACUUUUCCUUCUUCAAGAGUGGAAUUUAGAGAACCCAUCAAGAAAAUCAACAACAAGAAUGUGUUCAAGAAGAUUGGGGAGUUUCUGAUUUCUGAUUAUUACAUGUAUGCUUCCUUGGUUGCUCCUCAAUCAAUUGUUACUCUUACAGAACCUUCAUGGCACAUCAAGAGGGUCACUACAGCAGUUUCAACGAGGAAAAUCACCAUGAUAGACAAGGAACCAACAGAUCGGUCCUCAAAUAAAGUAGCUAAGGAUCAAAGUUCCAAGAACUUGCUUCAUGAAACAAGCAUUUCCGAAAAAACUCUUGGGCACAGAAAAAUGGUGAAGCACAUGGUUUACCAAAACUGUCGCUCUACAUCCAUUUCAGGAAAGGAAACGCUCAAAUUUGCAGCUAAGGAAGCUCAUUGUUGACCGAAAAACUGGAUGUAUUUAAUGCUUCAAGGAAUAAGGUUUCAAAAUCAAGUGUUAAAGCUAUGCAAGUCUGUCCAAGAAACAAGUGAAGAAGUGCUGGAUUUUAAAGCUUGACAACUUGACAACUAACUCAUCAACUAGUAUCUAUCAAGGUUUAAAAGGCUGCUGAAACUCAAUGCUCGACAGCUUCUUGACGGAUAAGCUAUCUAUCGAGGUUUAUAAAUCAGUUUUUCAGAGCUGAUUUCACUCCAAUCCAUGAAUAGCAAAUGCAACUCAAUGCAAAAGUUUUUCACAAACAUAUUGUGAACCGGAGACAUAUGUCCUAGUUCAUCUUUCUAUUCAAGAAGUUGUUGUAUUUGUACACCGUAGGGUUUUGUAACCAAGGAGUUUCAUGAUCUUCAUCGUGUUGAUAAACUGAAGGACUUUGUAGCCAACAUCUUUCUCAAGUUGGUAAGUAUAAGUCGCGUACUGGGAUUCGCGCAUCAAAUUGGUUAAUCACGUACUGGGAGCCAUGCAUUAAAAAAAGAGAUUGUCACUACAGAAUAAGUCCAAUUAGAUAUUGGGGUAAGGGUUCAACUGUAUGUUAAUAUAAGGUACUGGAAUUCCUUUACUUGUAACUGCUUGUUGUGAUAAUAGUGAAUUCUCGGGAAUUGUGACUUUAAAAUCACUCGAUGGGGGUUUUUGCUGUGUAGAUUUUCUCCAUUUGUAAACAAAUUACCGUGUCAAUUUAAUUUCCUCUGCAUUUAGUUA